AACAAGAAUCAGCCCUCCGCAGACAACUACAGAAGAGAGAGAUAAGAGGAUGCCGUCUCUGAGCUCCGGCUCGUGUUGCGCGUCAUCAUCUUCAAAAUCCCUAAAUUCCAAGCCGUUUCUCAAUUCCUUCCUCUCGAGAGAACCUAGUAGAAGAUUUCCUUGCAGGGUCUUGCGAAUUCUCAAAGCCGGUUGCAGUUCCGGCGGAGACUCAAAUUCGAAUGAAACCAGAGAAGCUGUUACCAAUUAUGCAGGCCUGAGACUAGAGGAGACCGUUGAUAUCAACUCAAGCAAGCUAAGGAUCGAUUCUUGGAUUUCCUCUCGCAUUGUUGGCAUCAGUAGAGCUCGCGUUCAGUCAAGUAUUCGAUCGGGGCUUGUCGCUGUCAAUGGCAGCAUUGUCCAUAAGGUCUCACAAAAUGUAAGAGGUGGAGAUAAGGUCAAUUGCACAAUUGCGGAGUUGACUCCACUGAGAGCCGAACCUGAAGAUAUACCUCUGGAUAUAGUCUAUGAAGAUGAGUACGUGCUAGUUUUGAACAAGCCCACAAACAUGGUUGUUCAUCCCGCCCCUGGAAAUCCUACUGGAACGCUUGUGAAUGGUCUUCUUCACCAUUGUAGCCUUCCAACAGCAGCAGUUCCAGAUCAGGAAGUUAUUUUUGAUGGAGAUGACAUCUCUGAUGAUGAGGGAUUAGCUUCCAGGUUAGGUGGAGCAUCUGUUCGUCCAGGGAUUGUACACAGACUGGACAAAGGCACAAGUGGUUUGCUUGUUGUGGCUAAGGAUGAACAUUCUCAUGCACAUUUAUCUGAACAAUUCAAGCUGCACUCAAUUCAGAGAGUAUAUAUCAGUCUUACUUGUGGAGUGCCCUCCCAAUUGGCUGGGCGUAUUGAGAUUCCAAUUGGCCGUGACUUAUAUAAUAGGGUUCGUAUGGCUGCUAUGCCUGGAACAAGUGGUCGUGGACAUGCACGUCAUGCUGCUAGUAGAUUCAAGGUAAUCGAAAUACUUGCUGGUGGUGGUUCCGCUUUGGUUGAGUGGAGAUUGGAAACUGGGCGCACUCAUCAGAUCCGUGCACAUGCAAAAUACAUGGGGAUUCCUCUAUUAGGUGAUGAAGUUUACGGAGGAACAACGGGUAUGGCAUUGUCACUGCUCCGUCCUAGAGCCCAGCCUAGCUAUCAUGAAGAACUGUCGCAACUGGUUUCUGGACUGGACAGGCCUUGCCUUCAUGCCUUGGCUCUGGGGUUUAUACAUCCUCAUACAACAAAGAAAGUACACUUCUCAUGCCCGCCGCCCCCAGAUUUUUCCGAGGUCCUGUCCCAGCUGCGUAAAAUUGGCUCAGAGAAGUUACAAUCUUCAGAUAAUCUGACUUAGAAGACAUGCUGAUCCGGAAAAACUAUGGCAUAAACUAAGCUCGCGCGGAAGAUCUGGCAAAAAAGAAGCUCUGCUUGAAGAAUAUACAAAAAGAAAGCUCAAGCUGAAGAUCAGUUACUCAUAAGUUGUGCCAAAACUGUAUUUAUAUCCCAAUUUUGUAUUUUUGUUUUUCUUUCUUGGAAAACCAGAGAGAGUAUAUGUCCUGUCAUGAAUAAUAAGGAGAUUUGAGACUAAUAAACUGCAAUUAAAAGGUAUCAACGGUAUUUGUGAUA